GCGAGACUUCACCCGCCUCUUCUAUACCUCCUUCAGUCCCCGGCUUUAGUCCUCUCCAGUUCACUCCCGGUUGAGAUCCGAGUUUCUAGCCCGGGUUAACUAGUUGUCGACGCGGACUUUUUUGUUGCUGUUGCUGUUGGUGCCACCGCUGGGCUCAUUUGCCCCUUACCCCUUCCCGUCGCCACUCUCCCAACCCCACACAAGAUGUCAGAGGAUCUAGCAAAGCAGCUGGCAAGCUACAAAGCUCAACUCCAGCAAGUUGAGGCUGCACUGUCUGGAAAUGGAGAAAAUGAAGAUUUACUAAAAUUAAAGAAAGAUUUACAAGAGGUUAUUGAACUAACCAAAGACCUUCUAUCAACUCAGCCUUCUGAAACUCUGGCAAGUUCAGACAACUUUGCUUCUACUCAGCCCACUCAUUCAUGGAAAGUGGGAGACAAGUGUAUGGCAAUCUGGAGUGAAGAUGGACAGUGUUACGAAGCGGAGAUUGAGGAGAUAGACGAAGAAAACGGCACCGCUGCGAUCACUUUCGCUGGCUAUGGCAAUGCUGAGGUGACUCCACUGUUGAACCUCAAGCCUGUAGAAGAAGGAAGGAAGGCAAAGGAGGACAGUGGCAACAAACCCAUGUCAAAAAAAGAAAUGAUUGCCCAGCAGCGUGAAUAUAAAAAGAAGAAAGCUUUGAAAAAAGCACAGAGAAUAAAAGAACUUGAACAAGAAAGAGAGGACCAGAAGGUGAAAUGGCAACAGUUCAACAACAGAGCCUAUUCUAAAAACAAAAAAGGCCAGGUAAAGAGGAGUAUUUUUGCUUCACCUGAGAGCGUCACUGGCAAAGUUGGAGUGGGAACUUGUGGAAUCGCUGAUAAACCUAUGACACAGUAUCAGGAUACCUCCAAAUACAAUGUUCGGCAUUUGAUGCCACAAUAGUCAGAAAAACUGUUGGAUUUCAUCUCUGCAGGGCUUUACAUUUACCUUUUUAUCCUUAUAUUUUUCUAAAGGUAAAUUAUUUGUUAGAUGAGUAAGGAAGAUACCAUUGUCGUCAUUGUUUGACUUCAAUAGAAUGAAACUUGAAAUUGCAUUUAAUAACUGCUACUCAUUUAAACUUUUUUUUCAUUACUACUACCAGUUUCCUCAAAGUUUAUUGGAUAAAGCAACUUUUCUAGAUAAAUGCUGCAUAAAUACAGCACUUAAAUGAAUUAUUCAUCUUCCUAGUAUCAGGUACCCACUUAAUGGAUCGUAAAUACUUUUUGUAAAGUUCUAACUGGGAAUUUUCAGAUGCUUUGAAUGUGCCACAUAUUCUAGCAAUUCCCUGGAACAUCAAGGCAAAAUACCAAUGUGCUAAAAAGAAUUUCUCUUCAUUGUUUUUCUUAUCUUCAGCUUAAAUUUAGCUCUUGCCCAAUUAACCUAAAACUAGGUUAAUUGGUAAAUGGCAAAGUUUUCUUUUUUGAGGUUUUUCUCAAUAACUUGCUUCCUAAGCCUAUUAGGCCAUCUCUAAAAUUGAUCCAGCUCUUUAUUCUUUUCAGUGAAUUUUAGUUUUAUGUAAGAAACCAUGUUUAGGACCAGCUACCUUUUCUAAUGUUCUUUUUGUUUUUGUUUUUUUUGUACGUUUGCUUUCCUCCCGUGUUGAUUUUCACUUAACGGUAGUGGUGACAUUUUUUGGAUGUGUAAUGUUUAUAUGAGAAAACAAAAAGCUGAUGUAUAGCCCUGUAUACAAUGUAGAUACUAUUUUUGUAAAAAAACAAGGCUAAAUUAAUGAACAAGAGUACUGAAUGUUUCAUCAUUAAAAAUUUACUGUAUUUCUUGUGCAUUAAUCUGACCAUAAUUUCCCUGUAUAUUAUGUUCAUGUAGCUGAGUUUAUAAUUUUUGUUAACUAGAUCAAGUUGUCAGCAUUUGUUGGUAAGUGAACUUCACAAUUACCCUGAGUUGAGUUUAAGCCAAAUAUAUGCAUAGAAAAGGGUCUUCCUAUUAGUGGAAGAAGAUGAUUUUUAAGAUGUGUGUUAAUUUCAGUUUUUGUAUGUUUAACUUUUAUUAAAUAAAGUGUUUUUAAAAUCUC